AACAAAAUAAGAUAAGAAGUUUACAAAUAAAAGGCAAAGUCAACAAAUAAAUGCUCUAGAGUCUAGAUCUCUCUACUUAUUCAUAUCUAUAAAAUCCAACUAGUAUUACCCCAUAACAUUUCUCAAAUCACCACCCAAUUAUCUAUACAAAAUCCAUGCAAAGGCAACGCUUCUGUAAAAUGUGGUUCAGCCGGAAGAAGAAUAGAAUGAUGAGCACCACGACGGACCCGACUAUGGCGAAAAAAUGGAGUCUAUUAAGCGGCGAAAAUCACUGGAACGGACUAUUAGAUCCUCUCGACAUUGAUCUUCGUCGUUACAUUAUUCAUUACGGAGAAAUGGCGCAAGCUACUUACGACGCUUUUAAUACCCAAAAAGCUUCAAAAUUCGCAGGAUCGAGCCUCUACGCAAAGGAAAAUUUCUUCUCGAACGUCGGUUUGAGUAAUGGAAAACCGUACAAGUACGAGGUGACGAAAUUUUUGUAUGCAACCUCACAAAUUCAGCUUCCGGAGGCGUUUAUUAUCACGUCUUUGUCGAGGGAGGCAUGGAGUAAGGAGUCGAACUGGAUGGGGUACGUUGCGGUGGCUACUGAUGAGGGGGCGGCGGCGUUGGGGCGGCGGGAUAUUGUGAUUGCUUGGAGAGGUACGGUGCAGACUUUGGAAUGGGUUAAUGAUUUUGAGUUUACUUUAGUUUCGGCUCCGAAGGUUUUUGGUGAGUCUAGUGAUUGUAAAGUGCAUCAAGGUUGGUAUUCGGUCUAUACUUCUGAUGAUUCGAGAUCACCCUACAACAAUAACAGUGCGAGAGAUCAGGUUCUUAAUGAAGUAAGGAGACUUGUGGAACAGUAUAAGAACGAAGAAAUAAGCAUAACAGUAUGCGGACAUAGUCUCGGAGCUGCCGUAGCAACAUUAAACGCAGUCGAUAUAGUAACAAACGGAUUCAACAAAUCCAAAUCCUUACCAAACAAACCCUGUCUUGUCACCGCCAUCGUUUUCGCCAGCCCUCGAGUUGGCGACGCAGCUUUCAAGAAGGCGUUUUCCGGGCACCAAGAUCUUCGAGCUUUACGUGUCCGUAAUCUCCCCGAUAUCGUCCCUAAUUAUCCAUUCAUAGGGUAUUCAGAUGCAGGAGAAGAGCUGAUAAUUGACACUACAAAAUCCAAGUACCUGAAAAGCCCUGGAAAUGCGUCGAGUUGGCAUAAUUUUGAGGGCUACCUGCAUGGAGUAGCGGGAACUCAAGGGUCUAAAGGAGGGUUUAAUUUAGAGGUUAACCGUGAUAUUGCUCUUGUUAAUAAGACUUUAGAUAGUUUGAAAAAUGAAUAUCUGAUUCCUGUUUCGUGGCGGGUUCAGAAGAAUAAGGGUAUGGUUCAACAGCUUGAUGGGUCUUGGAAGUUGAUGGAUCAUGAACAAGAUGUUCCUGAUCCGGCUUGAAAUGAUUUAUUUGGGGAUUUGAUGGGUUAGUUAUUAUAGUUGUUUAAGAUAUUGUUUGUUUUCUAGUAGUCUUUGUUAUGUGCUAAAUGGACGUUGUUUAUGGUGAUUAAUUAGGCCGAUGUCCGUGUCUUGCGCGGGUGAAAUUAUAUAAUUUAAUAUUUUUAUAAUUAUUUUUAAAUUUUAACUUUUUA